UAUUUUUUUUUCGUACUCGUAACUGCAACUAUUACACUGCAAAAUUUGAUUUCUGAUGAAUUGCAGACACAACAAACAAAAGUUUUGUUAUUAAAAUAUUAAUUGCGCCUUAUUACUUAUCGGCAAUCUUGUAAUUCACCUGGAUCAAGCUUUGUGAUCAUAAUGCCUACUGUAGUUCCUGAUGAUUCACGGUUCCAAGUCGAACUUACUAAUGCUGGUACUAAACUAGUUGUCGUCGAUUUCAUGGCUAGCUGGUGCGGACCUUGUCAUCGGAUUGCUCCUGCUUUUGAAGAUAUGAGUCGGCGCUAUCCUAAUAUUGUAUUUCUUAAAGUUGAUGUUGAUCAGUGUCCUGAAACAGCUUCUUCUCAAGGUGUUACUGCAAUGCCUACUUUUAUUUUUUACAGAAAUAAAAUGAAACUAAGUCAAGUUAAAGGUGCUGAUGUUUCAGCAUUAGAAGCAAAGAUUAAAGAAUUGAGUAGUGGAGAUGGAGAAGAAGGAUCAGAAUCAACUGUCCAGGGACAUAUUGAUCUUGUAAGUUUAAUUCAAAAAUCUGCCUGUGAAUGUUUGAAUGACUCAGAUGAUCAUCCUUUUGCCAACAGUAUGGCAUCUACUGGUGGAUACUUAGAAUCAGAUUGUGAUGAACAAUUGAUUAUGUCUUAUGGUUUCAAUCAAGCAGUAAAACUUCAUUCUCUGAAAAUCACAGCCCCAGAAGAUAAUGGACCUAAAACUUUAAAGUUGUUUAUUAAUCAACCAAGAACUCUAGAUUUUGAUCAAGCUGACUCCUCAGAACCUGUUCAAAUAUUAGAGUUAAAACCAGAAGAUUUAAAAGGAGAACAGCCAGUGCUUUUGAGAUAUGUGAAAUUUCAAAAUGUUCAAAACUUUCAGAUAUUUGUUAAAGAUAAUCAAAGUGGUGCAGAUACAACAAGAAUAGAUCAUUUAGCUAUAAUAGGUAGUACCAUUUCAAUGACCAACAUGAGCGAUUUCAAAAGAGUAGCUGGCAAAAAAGGAGAAAGUCACUGAUUGUGAUAUGACUUUUCAUCCGCAUAAAAUUCUAAAAUGUUACAACUAUUCCUUUUGAAAUUUACUUCUUCAUAAUCUAAAGUUGAAGAAACAUUGUUGUUAUACAACAAUUAACUCUACUGGGAAUAAUAUUCUUGAUUCACAAGUUGCUUAAUCUGCGACGUUCCAUCUAAUAGUGCUCAUUCUUUUUGCAUUUUUUUUAAAGAUUUAUUUACUAUGAACUGUUUAUGGCGUCUCAAUAGCUGUAAAUUUGUUUACUACUAAAUAAAACAAAAGCAAUGCAAUAAUA